GGGGGGGGGGGGGGGGCGUCGCCUCAAGCACCCGUACCCACACAACGGGUUCCUUCCACCGGCGCCUAGGCGAAAAGGAGCUGGGGGGGCGCGUCUCCCUCAGCUCUUGCAAGGGGACGAUGCCGACGGAAAAGCGAACGGCCGUCGCUAGGGGCACGGCUGAAGCACCACAUUGGUGAUGGCCUUAAAACGUCACGUGACGAUUUAGGAGCGUUUUUAGGUGUCCCAUGUGGCUGUUUGAGAGCGUUUGUAGGAAGUUUAAUGGACUUUUAGUAUAUAAUAGAUAAUGCUUCUAAUCAUAUACUUCCUCCGUUUCACAAUGUAAGUCGUUAUAGUAUUUCCCACAUUCAUAUUGAUAUUAAUGAAUCUAGACAUAUAUAUCUAUCUAGAUUUAUUAACAUAAAUAUCAAUGUGGAAAAUAUUAGAAUGACUUACAUUGUGGAACGGAGGAAGUAGCUAGUUUGAAUUUGAGACUACAAGAAUAGGACAGCAGCAAGUUGAUGGUAGGGGCAAUGUAAUGUCUAUUAGUACAAGUUUGAAUAGGAGACUACAAGAAUAGGACAACAGCAAGUUGAUGGUAGGUACAAUGUAAUAUCUAUUAGUACAAGAAUAGGACAGCAGCAAGUUGAUGGUAGGAGUGUAAUGUCUAUUACUAGCAGACAAUGGCUCCAAUAUAUCCAAACCAUCUUGCUCGUUUAUCACCACGUUUAUAUUAGCCAAAAGACCUAAACAAUGAUCAAUUUGAUCAUUUGAGGAGUAAAUUAAUCACAAGUGUUUCCUGACAAAGUGUUAGACCUUCCAUUCACACGGAAGGUAGCAUUGACCAAAUACUGUACAACCUGAAGAAUGCCAAUUUCCAUGCCAUCUACCAUUGUAGACCAAACUACAGAACAAAAGGAAAAGGCAUGCUUCGUCGUCCUCCUCUCCGGUCAACCCUGGCUGUUUAUCACGGCCAAUCUGCCGCCGGAGUGCUAUAUAACCGGCAACCGGUGCGGCUGCAGCAUCAGCAGACAUUCCUCAGCUCACAAUCUGUCACAGUGAAUUCACACCAUACUGGCUGUCUCACUAGCUAAGACCCCGGAGAAGUGUGAUAAGUCAUCGCUAGUUUAAACAAUCAAUAGGCCAGGCCUCUCAAUUUCCAUAUGUCAGUGCUGUCAGCCAGCUGAAGGACUGAAUACCUUAGCUAGAGUUCUCUACAUCUGCUCAUGCUGUGGACAUCGUCCAUGAGUGGCUACUGAAUCCUGGAUAUUGGGCCUGGGGUUAUUUUUGGCUACAUACUUUUCUGUGGGAAGACUAAAAAUGAGUCCUGGUGAAUUUAUUGCAAAUUUUCUCAUCAAAUGGAAUCAGGAGAACUACAUCUUGCUUCGAAUCCGAGUCAUAGUCGCAUUCCUCAUAUCGCUCUACGCAUUGAUGAUGCUCUUCUCGGGCAUUUUCCUCUUCGCUAUGAAAAGAUCCAUGUUGAGCUUCCUAGAUGCUGUGACUGACGCCAUCCUGGUGUAUGUUAUGGGGGUCAUGCAAGCCGCACCUUUCAAGAACCAGCUGUUCCCAGUCUGGGCCCUUAUGCUGGUCAGCUUCCGCUCUAGCAUCAAUUGCCUCUCUAGUUAUGGAACGUUUUUUGAGCUGAGAAAUUCGUUGAAGCUUUUAGCUGUGGCAUACCUUAAUAUAACACAUGGGUCCAAGUUGUGGCAUGUCCCAUUCUGGUUAUUUUGGAGUCUUCUGGCACUAAAUUGUUGUUACAGGAUUCUGGCACGUCAUGUAGCAUCCAAAUCCUUGUGGAAUGGCCGGAGUUCAGAACUUCUUCAGGAGUACAUGGGUGCCAAUGGUAAUGAGAGCAACUUUAACCCUGAAAGAUGCAACCCGGAGACCAUGGAAGGAUACAAGUACUUUGUCUAUGGAGAGUCACAGAAGAGCAGAAUGAAUGGACACAGCCUAAGUGUUAAAGACUUGAGGACACCAAUUACCUUGGACAAGAUUUGGCAAUGUGAAUGUGAUGAUGACAUGCUGCUAAGCUCCAUCAAAAGGCAGGGGAAGGACCUGAGCCUGUCCUUUGCAUUGUCUCGGUUGCUCCGGUGUAGGCUGGAAGGAGCAAAACUGCAUGCAGACACUGUUUCCAUGACCCGAAAGCUGAUCAGCAAGAGGAUCCUCGCAGAAGAUCCUGAAAAUGAACAGCUCGGUAUCCGUAUCUUGGAGCUGGAUGUUGAGUUUCUCCGGGACUCCCUCCACACUAGUUACCCUAUGGUCUUCUGCAGCGGGUUUCUCUCACUCUCCUUCACUAUCCUGGCAUGUUUGGUUAAGUUUCUCGUGGUUCUAUGGCUUUACAAGGACAUCAGUAAGGUGUAUUCACUGGAUCUGGAUCCGCUGUCUUUUUACAAAGACUUUAAUAAGCGGGGGCUGCGCUUAUAUAUUGAUGAAACGAGAAUCACCACAUAUUCCUUGACCAGCGUGAUAAUCUUGGAGACGUGGGAGGUACUCACUUACUUCGAAUCAAACUGGACACGAUUACUAGCCAUGUGCAAGUUUGUGAAUUGCAGAAACAGAUGCCUGAAAUUUGUCCUGAAUAUGCUAUUUAGAUUCCAUUACAUGCUUAACUUGGUGAAAAGAUUUGAUAUUUCGUGUCUGCAACAGUGUCCCACCAUGUUCAUGCGAUCAUUUGGAUUCUGCUCAACCAUGUUUAAGUGGGAAAUGACUCCUUUUAUUAAAGGAAGGAAUCCAAAUGAAAGUGUAAAGGCAAGAGUCAUUCAAGCACUCCGCUCCAUGGACCUCGAGGGCCAUCCUCUGUCAAAAGACCUCCCCUCGCCGCGUCUCAGUGUGAGAGCUGAGCGUUAUUGGUUGGCAUCCGUUGCAGAUGUACCAAGAUGCUCCCGUGUUAUUCUGGUCUGGCACAUUGCAACAUGCCUAUGCGAGAUCAAGUUUGCCAAUGACAGUUUUACUGGUUGCUGCUUAAAAUGGAUGUCGAUGUUACCAUCAACUGAGGUGGAUGAGACCGAUGAUGAGCUCGACAAGUCAUACGCGGUGACAUAUUACUUGUCACGUUACUGUAUGCACCUGCUGGUCUCAAAGCGCAAACUGCUACCCGAAGACAUUUUGGUGUCCAAGAAGACCCUCCAAGACACUGUUCAGUGUGCUCGUGAGAUGCUGAAAGGCUGCAACUCGUUUCAGAGCGUGUACGACAAGCUUAUGGAAGAACCGCAGAAAGCUCUUGUUCCAGACGCUCAUGACAUGAAUCUGAGUGGAAACAUAUUGCAACAAGGUGCUAUAAUGGCCAAUGCACUCAUCGUCAACGAGGAGGAUGAGGCAUGUCGCUGGGAGAUCCUAGCUGAGGUGUGGGCUCACUUGAUUGUGCACAUUGCUCCCAGUUCCAGAAUAGAAGCUCAUGCCGAGAACCUCAAGUCUGGUAGCGAGUUCAUAACCGUCAUCUGGGCUUUGUUUUCCCACUGUGGCAUCGAGAAGAGCGAAUUAUGGCAGUAGCAGAAAAAGGGUGCAGAGUCUGGGAACAGCACUUUUCUGGAUUGGCUAACCAGAGCAGUGAUGUAGCAGAUACCCAUGUUCAGGAGGCUGGUCCUGAUUCUGGCAUGUCCUGAAACCUGAAUUGCUGAUGGCUGAUGCUCUUCUCCCCUCGUGUUUUCAGUUUUCAAUAAUGGGUGUGUUUCACGCCAAAAUUAGAAGUUUGGUUGAAAUUGGAAAGAUGUGACGGAAAAGUUGAAAGUUUGUGUGUGUAGGAAAGUUUUGAUGUAAUGGAAAAAUUGAAAGUUUGAAGAAAAAGUUUGGAACUAAA